AUGCCUCUUUUAAAACCUAACUAUCUAUUAAUAUCCCCCUUUCUCCAUCCGACGAGAACAUUCUUGAAGGUAUGUUCUCAAUAUCCUAUUUCUAGAGCUCCACGUCAGCCGUUUUCUUCAUCAUGCCCUGGGGCGCAUGCCACCACACGAGAUCCCCCGAGCGCCCCUUCUACGGAAGCAAAGAAUCUCCGUACCGGAUUAGAGGCACCUACAUUUCUAGGGACAAAGAAACGGCUUCCUGAAUUUAAUCUUGCAGACCAUGUUGUACUCGUAUCUGGUGGUGCUGGUGGCCUUGGAUUAGUUCAAUCCGAGGCCCUUCUUGAAGCAGGAGCAAUAGUCUAUGCCCUUGAUCGCCGCGACCAACCUCCUCCAGAGUUCGAGGAAGCCUGUGACCGCGCCGAAGAAACGCUAGGCACUAGAUUACGAUACCGGAAGAUUGAUGUUACCGAUGAGCCUGGGCUUCGAAAAGUAGUUGCUGAUAUUGCCGAAAAUCAUGGAAGAAUAGACGGUCUUAUCGCUGCCGCAGGUAUCAAUAAGGAGGGAGACUCUUUGGAAUACACAGCCGAAGAUUUCAACAAGAUCCUACAAGUUAACGUCACUGGUGUUUUUUCGACGGCACAAGCAGUUGCCAAAGAAAUGGUGGACCGGAAAACUGGAGGGUCUAUAUGUUUGAUUGCUAGUAUGAGUGGAACAAUAGCUAAUAGGGGUCUUGUUUGUGCCGCAUAUAAUUCUUCAAAGGCGGCAGUAUGCCAGUUGGCUCGAAAUCUAGCGUCUGAAUGGGGAAAAUUCGGAAUUAGAGUAAACUCAAUUUCACCUGGUUAUAUCAUCACUCCCAUGACGAAGAGUGACUUUUUAUCAUCCCCGGAGAGAGAGCACGAGCUUAGUGAUGGUAAUAUGCUCGGCCGGCUCAGUCAGCCAGAGGAGUAUAGAGGCGCUGGUGUAUUCUUGAUCAGCCCUGCUAGUAGCUUCAUGACAGGAGCAGACCUGAUCAUUGACGGAGGUCAUCAUUCAUGGUAG